UUAUACGAUUUUGACUUAAAUUCAUAUAAAACAUUUUUAUAUAUGUAUUUUUAUAUUUGUAUACAGCUUAGAAACAUUAAGAACAACUAUUGUAUGAUUUGAAUAACAUUUUAAAGAAUGUUUAUCCAGCAGAUUAUUUUUUAUCGACAUUUAUAAAAAAAAUUGUCAUAAACAAGACUGAUACCUUAUGGCUUAUAGCACAGAAAAGAAUAGGUCUAGUACUCUAGUAAGUAGUAACCUAGUCAGUUUAGCAGUUAAGCUCCUUUGAUAACGGCCAAAUCUUAGAUCAUAUAUGAUCUAAGGGCCAGAUUUAAUUUCCAGUCCAUUUAGUCCAUAUUAUCUUCUUGGUUCAUGGCGUAAACAAGUCUUAUCAUUCUUAUUAUCUUUGUUUGAAAAAUAAUACACAAAUUAACGACGGUUAAGAGUUAAGAGCACUUUAAAAGUUAAAAUAGUGGAACUUGGAACUUAGAACAAUAAUUAAACAUAGCAGUUCAAUAGUUAACAAUUGAUAGUUUUAAAUAUGUAUUUAGUUAGUAUUAAGUAGUGACUUUAUAGUGUUAUAAUGGGUGAAAAUUAAAAAUAUUCGUGGUUAAAUAAAAUCUUUACUUGGACGUUUUUAAAUUUUUUUUAAAAAUGUCGGAUCCAUCAGAUUUUGAAAGUAUUAUAUCAGACAUAACCAUCUCGCCGUGCAGUAUUGAUAAUACUGACGACGAAAAGGCAAUCGCAAAUGGUGAUAAUUUAGCAUUGACGAUAUCUUUAACAAACAAUGUAGUAAUAAACACUAUGAAUGUUGAUGAUACAACCACCUAUGAUCCGUCUCAACAUGACAUGUAUCUCACGGACAGUGAUCAUAGCUUACUGGAAGUUCCAAAACAAUUGAAUGCUUCUUCUCCUUCUAGUGUUUGCUCAACAAGACCACUUGAAUGGGAUAGUGGAGCCGAUGUGGGGUAUGAUAUUACACCCCAACACCAGAGUCAAGAUAUGAGCACAAUUGAAAGAAUUGCUGUGAGUAGCCUCGUCUAUAAUACUAAUUCGACCCCGAUUGAUUGUCAAAAUCGAAGAAUCUAUACUAAAACCAAAAGUAAUUCAUUGAUUAAUCUAAAUGAAAUAGAAUUAUCUAGAGGAAAGAAAUCUACGUCGUUAGAUGUAUUAAAAUGUACAGCUGAGAAAAGUGGUACUCUACCAAAAUGUCGAUCACCAAUGGCUUCUUCACUUUCAGUAUCAACAGUAGUUCAUAAAUUAGAGUCUUUAAAAACAAAGUGUUCUAAUAAAUCAAAUGAAAAAAAUGUCAGUUUAAUUUUCAAUCAACAAGAAAAAAGGUUUGAGAAAUUAAGUAUUAGCUCCAACAAAGAACAAAAAUCAACAGAGAGUAGUAAAGAGUCUAAUAGUACCUUGGGAAGUGCUGAUACUGCUGGAUCUUGGGUGGCAAAAGAAUUUCAUAAUUCAACAAAUAAUACUACAGAUCGAGUAAAUAGCUUUGAAUAUUUACCAGGUAAUUCAUAUUAUAAUACUAGAAAUGAUGAACAAGAAGACUACUCAGAUAAAGAAAUUAAACAAAGCACUAAGAUGCUGGUUGAGGCAAUGAAACAAAAUGGUUUAACAAACGAAUUUCAAAGAAAAGAGAUUUUUAAAGAAAUUAUUGAGAGUUUUCUAAAAAAUUAUGUUCAGAAAGACAAAGAUAACAGUUCUUCAUUAAAAAGUCUAUCAGAUACUGAUCAUACUCCUCAUACUCCCAUCAGACAAGAUUUUACUUCUCAAACAUCUAAUACUGCUAAUACAAUUGUCAAUAAUCCAACAAAUAAUCAUUCCAGCACAAUUACAUUUACAUCACCAAUAACCUCAUCACGGUAUGGUGACGAUGUCGAUUCCAAAUAUGAUGAAUCUUCUUUGGACUCUGGGCGGCAUAUCAAUUUACAAAAAUGUAAAGUAAAAAAAUUGUAUACAUCGACAAAUAAACAAAAGGAUCAAAGUGUGCAAUGUACAAUUCAAGAUACUUUAACAAACUCAAGUAAAAAUGAAAAUUUAAAACCAUCAGUAUCUACAAAAAAGAAUGCAGACUUAGAAUCAAUUUCAAAGAAUACACGUAGUAAAACAAAUUACAAAGAUGUUAAUAAGGAUUUUAAUAAACAAAUGCUUUGGUUUCAAACAAAUUAUAUGAAAACUGAAAGAGAAAAUCAAAUGCUUUGGAUCAACAGUCAAAUAUCUCAUUUAAAUAAUUUGAAAAAGUUAUUGAAUACCCACGAAGAACUGAAAAAAAAUUGGAAUACAUAUAAGCAAAAACAAACAAAUAGUAAAGCUAAGUUAAGAAAAAGACUUCCAAUUUCGAAUUCAAGUUCUGAUGUUACUACUUCGACUUAUACAGAUUCAACUAUUUCUUCCAAACCAGUGUCAGUAACGUCGAGAUCUAUUGAAACUGAUAAUGAAUCUUCAGCUACAAUCUGUGACCAUGUUCACUAUAAAAAAGGAAUUUUAGUAGAUGAACCUAACUCUUUGAAAAAAUGUUGUGAGAAAACUCUUCAUUGCAUUAAAGAGAAACAAAACCAAAACAUUAAUAAAUUUAAAACUGCAUGGUCUCAAACUGAUUCAAUUAUUGAGACAAAAUUGAAAACUAAUAGAAAAGAAAAAUUUCAUUCAGGUGUAUUUUAUACAGCUGAAUGCCAAUUAAAACCAAUCAGCAGACAAAGUUCUAUAAGUUAUGAUAUAAUAUUUAAGCCUACCUCAAGAUUUUCAAAAGAAAUGGAUGCUGGUAAUGAUCAAAUCAAACAACACAAUCAUUCAGUGUCAGUAGCAUGUCAAACAAAUAAAAUCCCAUUCAAACCUAAAUCUAGCUUACAGGAAUAUUUAAUGAUAAAUCGUCCUGAUUACAUUUGUCGAGCAAAUGAGAGGCAAAAUAUUUUAUCUAACUUAGCAAGUUUAAGAGACAAGCGCAAACAAUUAAAAAGAGAUAUGCUGAUAACAAAUAAUAAUGAAAAUAAGAUUCCACCAAAUCCAUUAGCUGUUAAGCGUAUAAUGAGUCAAAGUGAAAUGAGAAAGUUGACUGAAAAUAAAUAUAGCAAGUGUCCUGAAGUCAAACAUAAAAAGGUCGAAAUAAAACGAAAAGAAGAGUAUAAAACAAAUAAAAUAAUGGCAAACAUAUUUAACAAGAGACUUCAAAAAAAGACAUUAAAAGGAAAAGUAGAUUUAUCCAACAGUGUAAGUGUUUGCAGUUUGUGAAUAUUAAUAUUGUAUUUUAAAAAUUAUGAUUUUCUUUUGUGUCUUUUUUGUAUUUUUUUUAUUAGUCGUUUUUGAAAUAGACAAUUAUUUUAUA